AAUUCUUGUCGAUCGAUCGACCGCACUAUACCGAUCGCUUAGAAAGAAUUUUUGAUAAAAUGGAGGAGGUAACAAUUGAUAUGCCAGAAAACGACCAGGAGUGGACUUCCGAGACGGAACAAAAUAUACCGAUCAUAGAAGAAGUUCGAAUCGACAUUCAAGAAGGAUUAAACACCCCUGAAUCGGCACACUCUAAUGGAAAAAUGGCAACAGACUAUGCAAGUCUUGUUGAACGAACACGAAACACUUUUUUAACUGGUAAAACAAGACCAUUAGAAUGGAGAAUAAAACAGUUAAAACAGGCCCUGUUGAUGCUGAAGGAAUGCAAAUCAGAAAUACUAUCUGCUCUUGCAUCUGAUUUGCAUAGGUGUAAAUUUGAAGCUAUGGCUAUGGAAAUAGAAGUUUCUGAAGGGGAAAUCCAAUACAUGCUUAUGCAUAUUAAAGAAUGGGCUGCUGACGAAAAACCUUCAAAAGCAAUGCUAAAUUUAUUCGAUAAAGUUGAAAUUCGAAAGGAUCCAUAUGGUGUAGUUCUUGUUAUAGGACCAUGGAAUUAUCCUUUACAAUUAUGUGUAACUCCUUUAAUGGGAGCAAUUGCUGCUGGAAAUUGUGUUAUUCUUAAGCCAUCAGAAAUAUCUUCAGCUACGUCACAAGUUCUUGCAAAAAUUAUUCCAAAAUAUUUAGACUCUGAAUGUGUUCAUGUAGUGUUAGGAAAUGUUACUGAAACUACAGAAUUGCUUAAACAAAAGUUCGAUUAUAUUUUUUAUACGGGUUCAACAUCGGUCGGAAAAAUUAUUCGUGAUGCAGCAAAUAAACAUUUAACACCUGUUACAUUGGAACUUGGUGGAAAAAGCCCUGUAUAUCUAGAUAAUACGGUAGAUUUAAGUAUAGCUGUAAAAAGGAUACUUUGGGGAAAAUUUGUUAAUGUUGGACAGACAUGUAUUGCACCAGACUAUGUUCUUUGCACCCCUGAAGUUGAAGGAAAAUUUGUACAGGAGGCAGAGAAGGUUUUGAAGGAAUGGUAUGGUGACAAUCCUAAGGAGAGUCCAGACUUAGCCCGUAUAAUUAAUGAUAAUCAUUACCAACGUUUAGUAAAAUAUUUAAGUGGAAACGGUAAAAUAGCGAUUGGAGGUAACUGUGAUCCAGUUGAAAAGUAUAUCUCACCAACUAUACUUGUUGAUGUUAAGCCCACAGAUCCUAUAAUGCAGGAUGAAAUAUUUGGUCCAAUAUUACCUUUUAUAAAAGUAAAUAACGCUUAUGAAGCUAUUCAAUUCAUAAAUAGCCGCAAUGCUCCACUUACACUUUAUAUAUUUACCAAGGAUAAACGAGUUCAAGAAUUAAUGAUAAGCCAAACUCAAAGCGGGAGUGUGGCAGUCAACGAUACGAUAAUGCAAUUUGUGGUUGAUACCAUACCAUUUGGUGGAGUUGGGUAUUCUGGAAUGGGAGCUUACCAUGGAAAGUACACUUUUGACACAUUUGUGCACAAAAAAGGUUGUCUUAUUAAAGAUUACAACAGACUAAUAGAAUCUAUAGCGUCAUGUCGUUACCCACCAUACUCCGACAGAAAAUUGAGCAUCUUAGAAAUGAUGACUGCAAAACGACCCGACAUCCCCGGGAUUAAAUAUAUCCCACAUCUUUUAGCAUUUGGUUUGGGGAUUCUUGUAACUCUUGGUCUUUCAACUGUUUUAAAGGUAUACAAACCGAAACACCUCUAAUGCACCUUCUAAAUUUUAUUUGCAGUAAGUUUAGACAGUACUAAUGUCGCACAAAUCAUCGCACAAUGUAUUUCAAAUCAUGGUAAUACUUAAAAACAUAUUUCGUACAUAUUACAAAGAUUUUAUAAUUAUAUGUAUACAUUUUUUUCGGAUUUUUUUUUCUAUGCAUUUUUUAUAUUUCUUUGAGGUGAUAUAGCACAUUGAAUAGAAUAAUUUAAACAUGACUAAGUAUGAUAUACUUAGAUUCCAGGCCAGUCUUAGAAUUGUCACAUGUGCAAUAUGUAUAAAGAGUCUUUGUAAGCUAUUACCAAAUUCAUAGUAAUUUAGUGUUGUAUAUGUUAUAAAAAUAAUGUUAUAUAUAUUUGUUAGUAUUCAUUUAAAAUAUUUCGAAGCUGAAAUCACAUUUUGAUUUUGAAGUUGUUAUCCUAGGAAAGCUACUAUGGUGGUAAAUUUAUAAUUUGAAAGAAACAUAAUUACACAUUCAUGUACCAUUUUUAUGGGAGAAUUGAUGAGUCAAUAAAGGCAAUAAAACGUA